AUGUUAAGAGCUACGGCUUUCAAAGUGACCCGAAAAAUCCCGGAGCUUCUCCGGCCAGCAAAGCCCACACCCCACGAAUUCAAAUCUCUUUCCGACAUAGACGAUCAAGAGGGCCUUCGUAUCCAGAUUCCUGUCAUGCAGUUCUACCGUAAAAGCCCAUCCAUGGAAGGAAAGGACCCGGUAGGGUUUAUUCGGGCAGCUGUCUCGAGGGCGUUGGAUUACUAUUACCCAUUGGCCGGGCGGCUGAGAGAGGUCACCGGAAGGAAACUGGUGGUGGAGUGCACCGGCGAAGGAGUUUUGUUCAUCGAGGCUGAUGCUGACGUGUCGCUUGCGGAGUUUGGAGUCAGCCCUCAGCCGCCAUUCAAUUGCUUUGAAGAGCUGCUUUACGAUGUCCCAGACUCUGGCGGCAUCACCGGUUGUCCGUUGAUACUAAUUCAGGUCACUCGCCUAAGAUGCAGCGGGUUCAUCUUCGCCCUCCGCCUCAACCACACAAUGGCUGACGGCGCAGGUCUCAUCCAGUUUUUGUCGGCCAUCGGCGAGCUCGCUCUUGGGGCCCGGAGCCCCUCCAUCCUCCCAGUUUGGGAGCGACACCUCCUCAGCGUGCGGGACCCACCGGCGGCCACUCGCGUGCACCUCGAGUACGACACAUUGCCCGACGGUGAUCCCAUCCCGCUCGAAAACCUCGUGCAGCGCUCUUUCUUCUUUGGGCCAGCCGAGAUCUCUGCCCUCCGCUGCCGCCUCCGGCCCGACCUUAGCAGUCGUUCCACUGCAUUCGAUAUCCUCACGGCCUGCAUUUGGUGGUGUCGCACGGCAGCCUUGGCCACCGACCCCCACCAGGUGUUCCGGGUCGACUGCAUUGUGAACUGCCGGAAGAGGUUCAACCCACCGCUCCCCGACGGCUACUAUGGUAAUGCCUUUGUCUUCCCGGCGGCGAUCUCCACCGCCGGAGAUUUAACCAAAAACCCACUUGAUUAUGCGGUGGAGCUCGUGAGGAGGGCCAAAUCGGAGGCAACCGAGGAGUACGUGAUGUCGGUGGCGGAUCGAAUGGUUAAGAGUGGCCGGCCUCAUUUCUCGAUGGUGAGGACUCUUAUAGUUUCCGAUUUGACUCGCUUGGGCAUUGAGAAAGUGGAUUAUGGGUGGGGCCACCCCAUAUAUGGCGGCAUUCCGAUACCGGGAAUCACGGGGUUUCCGGGAGUGUGUUUUUACACCCCGUGGAAGAAUAGUGAGGGUGAAAUGGGGAUAUUAGUCCCCAUUUCUUUACCGGAGAAUGCGAUGAAUGUAUUUGCCAAAGAGCUUAAGGUGAUGGUGAAAAGGAAUGAUAAAUGA